AUGUCGGGAAAACAAAAUAACAGAACUGCACAACAACCUUUGGUUGAUAAAUUUCUCCAAGUUGGAAAGGCAGCUUUUGAUCCAGAUAUUCCAGAAAGCACGAGAUUCCAAUCGCGACAUGAGUUUGACCAGUUGAUUGAAAGUACUUCGACCAUAAAGCUCAUGCCAGUUCUAAAUCUUCUUGUCCAGCCAGAUCGAGUACAUCCAUGGUUACGAGGACCUUUGAUCCAUGCGUUAGCCCGUCUGCCUCUUAGGCGGCGUGGCGUACAAGAUACAAUUGAGUUUGUCUUCUCAGUACACCCGAGCAAUGCAAGUAUGAAAGCAUCAGAUACAGUGGGUAGUCGCGCAGUAAACAUUUCUCAUGAAGCCAUGAGCUCCGCAUCAAGACUUUUGUCCGCACCUCCACAUGGUAUGUCAGCAGAGAAAUGGUUUGGUGGUAUUGCCCCUCAAUUAUUUGACCUCCUUGAUGGAAAGGGCGAAAAGGAAAUGGAUAAGGCCGCUUCUUACAUUAUUGGUUUUGGAAUUUUGGGUCGAAAGCUCUAUGGAGCUCCAGGCACACCCGGAUGGAAGGCUUUGGUUGAGCCAAUCAUUGGGAUGAUAGAUCCAUAUCUCACCUCCCAAUCCACAAAACGAAAGUCACGAGUUGAGGAGAUAAUAAUACUUGGAAUGCCCGAAGUUCUUGUUUCCGCGGAAGAUCUCGAGAGGAGUUUACUAAGAUUACUUACUCUGGUAACAUCACAUCCACAUCCAUCACUGACGAAACGACUCCUCAAUCCAAUUCUCUUACCACUGUGGGCAUUACAAUGCGUCAAAGUAGACGCUAGUACUGAAGGAUCCCGUGCUUGUGCAAAGAGGCUGUUGAAGAUCCUACUCCAGCUUUCAUCAUCAACCGUAUCAAACACGACCAAAGGUCCGCUUUCUAAAAUUCUACAUAAUAUUUUAUUUCAGGGCAGAUCGGAACCUGGUAAAGCGAACUGGAUGUAUCAUUCAACAAAGGAUGGUAGAGGUAUUCAGAUUGAGAAACCACCGAAUCACAUCAACUCCAAUCAAAAUCUUGAUAUUGGACAAAUCAACACAGCUGUAGAAACAUUUGUUGCACUUUUAAAUGGUGUUCCUGAAAUUGAUUCUCAAGUAUCUCAAAUAUUUUUGACGUUGUGUCAAAAAUGGCUCUCGCAAGCUAAGACUCGGCCGGUCCCAUCUAUUAUAAUUCAUGCUUCACCAACAAGUGAUGAAGAAGAUGUCAAGACAAAGCUCAUUGAAGCGAAAGUUUUACAGGAAAUGAUAGAUACCAUGCCAGAGAAACUCGUUCAAGAUUCAAGACAGUUAGUGGAACUGAUUGACGGAGUACUGAACGACUCAGUCACCGAAAAUGGAGAUUCUGAAGAUCAAGAAAACAUUGUCGCCAUUGCUCUAAGUCUUUUGAAUAUUAUACUCACAUCACCAAAUUUUAAGCCGACCCCUGCUAUAGAACCUUUCCUUGAAAGAAUUGAAUCUUCCCUUCGAAUUUAUGGACGCAAAACAGACACGGAAACAACACAAACCGCACAAAAUCUUCUUAUCAUUUUACGAUUUCGCCAUGCACUUCAUGAGUCAAGCGCGACACUAUCCAACGAUGUUCCUAGUCGAGCGACAGAGGAUCGGAAGACUUAUAAUCUCGCCAUGUCGUAUCUGACCUCUGUUGAAUCCCCUCCACCAGUCAGAGUUCAAGGGAUUGAACUAAUUCAGACCUUGAUUGGCGCUCGUAGUUCGAUCUUGGAUAUACCCGCGCUUCUCGUUUUAUUCUCCUCUCUACUUCAGGAUUCUGAUGAAUAUGUCUACCUUCGCGCUAUUAGGUGCUUCAUUGACCUUUCGAAAGUUCAUCCUAGGGCAGUGCUCGAAGACAUCAUUGAGCGUUAUGUGGACGGGAAUGAGGAUUAUGAUCUUGAUGCACGUUUGAGACUUGGGGAAGCCUUACUUCAAGUGAUUCAAUCUUCACCAAUGAGCUUUACUGGUGCUAUCGCACAAACUGUCAGUGAAGGUCUGCUUUCUGUCGCAGGUCGAAGAGGAUAUCGACCAAAAACCGAUGCGGAACGAGUGAAACGUGAAAAUUUACAGAAAAUGAAGACAGCCGAAGCGGAAGAGGCAUGGGAUGGUCCAGUGCCACAAUUGGACGAAGUCCUUGAGUCGGAUGCCUCUCAUCCAGAAUUUGAAUUAAUUUCCAGAAUAAUUUCAGGUUGGGAAAGUAAACGUGGAACGGAGGAUAUACGAAUUCGCUCAUCUGCCUUGGCUAUUUUAGGUGAAGCUAUAGACUGUAACGUAGCAGGGAUUGGAUCCAAGUCAAUAUCUAUGUCUAUUGAUCUCAGUAUUCAUAUUCUCACAUUAGAACCUGAGGUUGAAAAGGGCAUCCUUCGUCGGUCUGCUAUUCUUCUCGUGAUGAGUUUUGUACGCUCGUUGGAUAAGGCAAGAUCCGAAGGUAGACAUUUAGGAUUUGGGUUCGUGGGUCGAAGCCUAGAUGAUAUUACGAGAAUAUUAAAAUAUGUUCAGAAUAUGGAUAACGAUGGUUUGGUCCGGCAGCAUGCAAAGGAUGUUGUUGAAGGGAUAAAAUCAUGGCAAAUGAAUUCUUUGAUCCCGAUUGGGGAUUCAGGACGGGGUGAUAGUUUCGAGCAUUUGAGUACCGGCGGAAUUGGGAGCUUGGCUGGUUUGAACAUUACACCUGUCGAUAGGAAUGGAAAUGUGGCGAGACCGAAGAUCGAAGAAAUCGAGUAA